AUGACCCAGCAAUUGCCUGAUACCACAAAUCUACAUCAAGCUGCCCUCCAGGGUGACACACAGCGCUUAGAAGAACUCUUAAGAAAUGGCGCUGAUGUCUCAGCUACGGAAGCGCCUCGACACUUCACGGCGCUUCACUGCGCUGUUCAGUCUAGAGACGAGAGAGCUGUCAGGCUGCUUAUCGACGCCGGAGCCUGCGUAUCUGCGCAGACCUACGAUGGCGUUACACCACUCCACAAUGCAGCUGCCAUGGGCUCAGUGGAGAUAGCCAAACUGCUGCUGGACGCUGGUGCCGAUACCGAGCUGCCGAAUGUUGAUGAUGAAACACCACUACAUGUUGUGGCUUUGUUCGGCGAGACACAGAUUGCCAAGCUUCUUGUAGAUGCGGGAGCAAAUGUCUCGGCAAAGGAUUGUUACGGCAACUCAGCACUUCACAUCGCUUCUGCUCAUGACUUUGUGGAUCUGGUCCAGCUAUUUCUCGACUGUGGUGCUGAUCCAAAUGGUGUUAAUAAUAACGGAGACCCAGUCCUACACCAUGCAAUCGGAGACGGACAAGCAUCCGUCAGGCUACUUCUCAAUCAUGGCGCAGAUGUUUGUAUCAGAGGACAAAACCGCGACACAAUUCUGCAUCGCGCUGCCCAAAGCUCUCCCGAACUCAUACAAGACUUGCUUGAUGCAGGUGUUGAGAUUGAAGCACAGAACGACGAAGGUUAUACGCCGCUGCAUGUAGCUGCUGCAUAUGGCGAAGAAAAAGCCCUGAAGAUAUUAAUCGCUAGUGGCGCCAAUAUCAUGGCAAAGAAUACCAAGGGCGAGACAGCUCUGCAUCUUGUGGCAGGACUUCCAGAUGCUCCAUUUUUGGGGGAUGGGACAGAUUCUGAUAUGAAGGCGGCACUCCUUAUCGAUGCCGGUGCGGACAUUCAAGCAAAGACGAAACUGGAACAAACCCCAUUGGAUUAUGCUGCUGAGGCUGGGCGUGUGGCCGUUACGAGGGUACUUCAGCACAGGGAAGCUAAGGAUUGA